GGGACACAAUUCUGCAAGGAUUCGACUCCCUAGUCCUAACCUUGCUCCUAACUUUGCUAAGCUGAGCUAUUAGGGUUUAGGGCUCUCCCCAAGGGUUGCGACCCGGGGGCAAAGUAGCAUCGCAAGCUUGGGUUGUUUUCUCUGUGUUGAUUUUUUUCAGGUGAAUAGCAGCCGGUGUUUUGUUUUUGCGAUGGGGGACACAUUGCUGUUCGAGGACAUUUUUACCAUCUCGCAGCUGGACCCCGAUGGGAAGAAGUUCGACAAAGUGUCGCGGAUAGUGGCGCACAGUGAGCAGUUCGACAUGGAUGUGCUGUUGGACGUGAAUAUCGACAUCUACCCUCUGCACAAGGGCGAAAAAUUUACACUGGCCCUCGCGUCUACGCUCAGCUUGGACGGUACCAUGGAUGAUGGCACGUUCGAUCAGAGCAACCGCAAGUCACUGGCUGACAAAUACGAAUACGUGAUGUAUGGCAAGGUUUACAAGUACGCGGACACGGAAUCCAAGGGCCCUCCCAAGGUCGAAACUUACGUCUCAUUCGGUGGGCUGUUGAUGUGCCUUAAGGGAGACCCUAACAAUUUGAAUAGUUUGGUGCUCGACCAGCGCGUCUAUUUGCUCAUGCGGAAGGUCGGAUAGGGUUUUGCUGUUGCGCAUUGUCUCGGAAAUCCUGUAGCAGAACCUGGCUGUCGUCGUUCGUUCUGCACUUUUGAAAGUAGUACUGAGUAGCUAAACCUUGGCACUGUGGCUCAGGUGCAAAUUUUGUCUUCGGACUGUGCCACAGUUUCUUGAAGCUUGAGAAUCAUGUAUAUUGACUAUGCACAUUGUAAUGAACGUGAGAACUUGUUUGCUGGAUCUCAACAAUCUUCGACGAA